CUCCUCUCUGCUGCCCCCGAGAGAAGGAUGCCGCUAUCUCCUGAGGAGGCGACGGGAGUUUCGCCCCGGGAGACACCUGUCUGCCUCUCUCUGUGCUUCCCUGCUGCUGCUCACCCUGUCGUGGAGCAGGCGGCUUCCCAGCGGCGGCUGGCGAAAACGUAAGGUGUAUCCGCAUCCACAGCCCCGCUGCCGCUGCUGGCGGGCGCCAAGGCAGAACUAAGGCGAUUGUGUUGUCACAGCUCUGCCGCGAGCAGCGCAGCCCUCCCCAUCUCCCGCGCCCGGCCGUGUUGCUGGAGACGCUGCUGCACUCAGGAGACAGAAAACUUACAGGCCCGGCAGGCGCAGAAGCAGGCAACUCUGCGGAGGCAGCGUGUUCACAGACAAGUUCAAGUUUAUCAAGAUAACCAUGGCAGAAGGUGGAUUUGAUCCUUGUGAAUGCAUUUGCUCGCAUGAACAUGCAAUGAGAAGACUGAUUAAUCUGCUGAGACAAUCCCAGUCGUACUGCACAGACACAGAAUGCCUUCAGGAAUUGCCAGGACCAAAUUCCUCCGGUGACAAUGGCAUCAGCUUUGCCAUGAUCAUGAUGGCCUGGAUGGUGAUUGCGCUUGUCUUGUUCUUACUGAGACCUAGCAACCUGAGGGGAUCCAACACAGCCGGAAAGCCAACCAGCCAACACCAUGGUCAAGAACCACCAGCCCCACCAGUGGACUAAAGCAUUCAGCAUUGAAGAAGUUCAGCAGUUAAAACUUUUAAUGACCAAAUGAACGAAGUGACCAGAUUACUCCUAAACCCCAUUCAAUACUGAUUUCUUUUCUCAAUUAUAUAGAGCAGAAUUAUCAUUCAGCAGUUACCUCCAUGAACUGCUUUUAGCAACUCUCAAUUUUAAGUUAAUUUUUGCUUUGUAUGCUCUUACAAUUCCUAGUAGAUUGUAAUUUGAAUAAUGAUAAGGCGUCGCAGGGGGUUUUAUGGUUGUUACUGUGGACAUUCCACUCAGUCUCUUUCUGUUACAACGAUCUUCAUUUCUUUGCAGUGAUUUCUGAUGUGCAUUGAAAGCAAAAGAAAAUCCCUGUGCAUCUAUAAUAAUGGAAGGUUACUGACCUUUCUUCAGAUUGAUCCUCUUUUUUUUUCUCCAGUAUGCUUUUGAGAGUUAUAUUAAGGUUUCAACUAUUAACUUAGUUAUGUGGUGAAAAAAAAAAAAUGAAAUGAUUUUAUAUUUGCCCUGGGCUCAGAGCAGCUUUUAAUCUGGUCUUUGGACCACUAAUAUCAUUUUCAUGGAUCAUCCACUCAAGUUGCACGAGGUGUGUGUGCACGCACGGAAGCGAAUGUGAUAACUGCCACUGUCAAAGCUUUGACACGUGUGUUAGGAACUUUACAUGAAAGCCUAUACCACCAAAAAGAUAAAUUAAUUUAAUCUUGUUAUAUAUCUAGGAGAUACAUCUUAUUCAAUAGGCUGUCCAAAACAACAAUGUGUUCCAAAACCAGAUUUGUAUACUUAAAGUCUUGAUAAAGAGAGAAAUUUAAUGAGCAGAGCUUGGUAGAAUUAUCUGUCCUAGUAGUCUUAAUAAUUAGAGUUAAUAAGUUUUUAGCCGUGGCGUAAUGAAUAUUGGACAGGAUGAAAUCACACCAAGAGAUAACCAAGGUUGCCAACUUUUGGUAUAUGACAUAUACUAGAUAUUCAUUUUUUUUCACCUGUAUGUUAUCAGCAAUUCUUGACAUUUCAUCCUUACCUACUGGUUGUAAGUGCAGAACCACAAACCUGCAGGUGACUCCAUAUGGCAUGUUUUUUCCCUCUGAUAUCUGCGUGUGUGUGGUGUGUUUGUGGGUGUGUAUGUGUGGCUGUGCACGUACCUGUGCACACCUCCCAUUGUAGCAAAUGGGAAUGACUUUUUUAUGUACAUUAAUUUAAGAACAUUUUAAAGAUGUACAGAGAAGCAACACUGUAUAUUUUUCUUGAUCAAUUUGAAAAAUUGAUGAGAGUAAUGUAAAGAACAUUUUUAUGUUACCAACAUGAAGCUUCUUUCCAUAAAGUUCAGUAGAACAGGCAUAUGGGAAUUCAAAGCCUUACUCUGCAGACCUUCAUUUCAUGAGGACUUUAGUUCUGGAGCUGAAGGGACUAACUGCUAAGAUGCAUAAAGGUUUGUAUAAAUGGGCUCUAACAAAAAUCUCACAUCAGAUCCCACAGCUGACAGAUGCAGGGUUUUCCUCCUCAGGGUAAAUGGUGGGCCAGCUAAGCCUCCUUGUAAAGGCAUAGCGUAGACCUGAAGAGAAAGGCUUCUGUAAUUCGAUGUAGUUGCCCUUUGAAUUUCUGUGGAGGAGUGUGCUCCCAAGUGUAGGAGCAUGUGUAAAACCAUUAAAAAAAAUGUAAAUGAAGAAAACUGGGCCAAAUGCUCCCGGUGGUAUCAGUGCAGCACUGUGUAAAGCAGUGGAGCAGCAGCGGAGACACCGAGAGCAAUUGUCCUAUGACAUGAGUGGUGUACAGGCCACAGACACUGUGUAGAGGUGUCACUGGAACAAGCAGCCUAUGCUUGCUUUUUGCCUUCCAUGUACGUUUCUGUUUGGGAUACUGUUUUGAACAGAACAAGUAAUACAGCAUCAUUUUGUUGCACCAACACAGAAAUGAUAUAUAAUCUCCUACAUUGACCUUUUCUCCAAGGAUUUUGGGCCAGAAUUCUUCACUAUUGGAUGCAUAAAACAGGCUUCCAACUGAUGAAGAAGCCAGCUGAGGCUUCAUUUCAGACAGAGCACCACUCCUCAUCCUCUUGGAAGCUGGUGAGGUUUACAGCAGAUGCUCCUCACUUGUGAGGAUCAGCCUCCCUUUCCUUAAAUGUCUGUCUAUGUGUUUCUAAAACUCACCAUGUGCACCCAGCUCUAGCAGUCUUGGCAAGUGAACUUCUCAUUCAGAUGAAUAUGUUUUACAUUUAAAUGAAGUUUUCUUUGCUUCAAAUUCCUCUGAGUCAUUGUCCCAGUGAUUUUAUACAUGUCUGCUUUCCUCAUGUAAAUUACUCUUUUAAAUUUUUUAUGUAGAAGAAAGACAUUGGAAAUAUUUUAUUGUGAAAUGUUUUACUGAAGAGCCAGGCCAAUAUCCCACAUCAAAAUGUAUGCCCUUUAAAGUUCAGAUACUCUCUCCAAGCUAUAAACUUCAGAUUGCCACUCUUAAAUUCAAACAAAAGCAACUAAUUGUAGGACUGUAUUUUGCCACUCUUAUUCAUGUUCAAUAGUGCCUUACUCGUCAAGUAGUUGCACUGAAGUCUGUGAGACUACUUUGAGCUAAUGUACUAGCAGCAGCUUUAAUAAGAGUGGCAGAAAUCUGGCCUUUAGUGAUGUAAUUUGGGAUGAAAUAGUUGUAUUGUGGUUCCAGCUGCUUAUGGUCAAUCUUAAGAAGUCUGGAAGAGAUUAGUGUUGUGUGAGUCUUAAGGAAGGAGGGGUUUAAGCUUGGUUAGUAAGAGAUGCAAGUUCUAGCAACUUGGGAAAUGCAGAGGGAAGUUUACAAUUAUACUUUAGCUUACACCUUUGUUAAAACAAUAGUAUUUUUAGAGUCUGCUUAACACACUUACUAGCCUCUGAAAUCAGAAAUCAUAUGUAUUCAUGUAUUGUCUGCAGAUCACUUAGCCUUGUAAUAUUCCUGAUUGAGAAAGGAGGAGGGAUGAUGUGAUGUACCUAAUGUAAAUGGGUGGUAUCAAACGUCUGAAUUAUGCCAAACACAACAAAAAAUCAUCUGUGCCAUUUGCGGUUUCCUGGUAAACUUUUACUGAGUACUUGGAUUGGGAUAAAGGGCUUGUACUAUGCACUUUUUAUUGACUUAAAAUAAAUAGUAAUCAUUAGUAA